AUGAAGGAAAUCAGCGCUCUCAUAGGACCACCGCGGUGGUACCACUUGAUCGUCUGGUUGUUGACCUUCGUUCGCGCAUUUCCGUCCUCCUGGACACAAUUCACAGCGUUGUUCGUCGCCGCGGACGUCGAACACUGGUGCUCGAGGCCACCUGACUCGGCCUUCGCCAACUGGACGGAGCAGCGGUGGAAAGCCGAAGCCAUUCCCGUCAUCAACAACUCUCGGCUGGCGACCGGCCCCAAUUACGAUUCCUGCCGGAUGUACCCAGCGGAAGCGCUAAUGUACAACGCUUCUGCAGUGCUUGUCGACCAGUCGAGGACAGUGUCGUGCGACGCGUGGUCGUACAACGAAUCGACACCAGGGUCGUCGGCAGUGCCAGAGUGGGACCUUGUGUGCCAGCACGAAUGGCAGCGCUCAAUGAUGACAAGCGUCGUUUUUUUGGGAUCCCUCGUAGGGUCCCUCGUCAUGGGGCACAUGUCCGACAGAUUCGGGCGUCGAACCGUAUUCUUUUUCUCCGUGUUCGGAGCUGCCCUCUUCGGGUCUCUGGGCGCGGUGUCCCCGUCUGUGAAAUGGUACAACGCCCUCUGCUUCUUCGCCUCCAUCAACAUCGCCGGCAUCCAGACAAGCUCGGCCGCCUUACUGGCCGAGAUCUUGGAGCCUCGCUUCCGAACGUUCCUGAACAUCGGCUACACGGCUGGAUACGCCAUACCCACCAUGCUGCUGCCCGGUGUGGCCUAUCUACUGUCAGAUUGGAAACUUCUUCAGCUUGUCUCUGGUCUCGUCGCUUUGGCCUGCGUACCAUUCAUGCUCGUCAUCCAGGAGUCUCCACGCUGGCUUAUUACGAUUGGCAGGGAGGAGCAAGCCGAACGCGCCAUCUCUAAAAUACUGAAGAUGAACCGCCGGAAGGUUCCAAACUUGAAGUCGACGUUGCGCGUCAUUGCGGAGAGAAUUCGGGCAUCUUCGACCAGUGCCAUCGGCCCCAUAGAGAUUCUGAGGCACAGAUCGAUUAGGAGGAACACCUUUCUUCUGUUUGUCGUUUGUGGGCGUAACUAUGCUGCUGCUGAUGAUGCUGAAAUGCAACCAUCGUUGCCGGGACUCGAUUCCGAGGGCUUGGGCUUAGCAGCCGAACACCAUAGCCACUGA